AUGCAAAAGGAACUCAAAGCUUUGCAGGAUAAUGGAACUUGGAUCUUAACUCAACUCCCUCCUGGAAAAAAUUCCAUUGGGUGCAGGUGGGUUUACAAAAUAAAACAUAAAGCUGAUGGAAGCAUAGAAAGGUAUAAAGCUCGUCUAGUUGCCAAAGGAUAUACUCAACAAGAAGGUAUAGACUUCUUAGACACUUUCUCACCUGUUGCUAAGCUAACCACUGUCAGAAUAAUUUUGGCCAUUGCUGCCGCAAAGAAUUGGCAUCUACAUCAGCUUGAUGUAGAUAAUGCCUUCCUUCAUGGAGAUUUAAAUGAAGAGGUGUACAUGGAGAUACCACCAGGGCUGGAUAUUCAGGAAAAAGGACAAGUUUGCAGGUUAACCAAGUCUCUAUAUGGGCUCAAGCAAGCUAGCAGACAAUGGUUUGAUAAGCUUUCUUCCUUUUUACUGUCUAAUAAUUACACUCAAUCAAAAUCAGAUCACUCUCUUUUUAUUAAAAGGACUUCUACUACUUUUACAGUCCUCCUUGUGUAUGUAGAUGAUAUCAUUUUGGCAGGAAAUUCUAUUAAAGAAAUUGACCACAUAAAGGCUCUUCUCCAUCAUGCUUUUCGAAUCAAAAACCUAGGAGAGCUAAAGUAUUUUUUAGGUUUUGAAGUUGCUAGAUCAAAAAAAGGAAUACACCUAUGCCAAAGGAAAUAUGCUUUAGAUAUUCUUGAAGANACAGGAAUGUUGGGUUCUAAGCCUUGCNCUACUCCCUUUCUAAGUGACACAAGUUCAUUAUACAAGGACGAAAAUCACCUGACAAAUCCUAACUCCUAUCGCAGGCUAAUAGGGAAGCUUCUUUACCUUACCAAUACUAGACCUGAUCUAUGUUUUUCUGUUAAUCUUCUCAGUCAAUUUGUUAAUUCACCUACUGAUUAUCACCAUCGGGCUUUGCANCACAUGCUUAGAUACAUUAAAGCUAGUCCUUCGCAAGGCCUUUUCUUUGCUGNUGAAACCAAUAUCCNGAUCAAAGCUUUCAGUGACUCUGAUUGGGCAACUUGUCCUAAAACGAGAAGAUCUACCACAGGAUUUUGUGUCUUCCUUGGAUCCUCUCUGGUGUCAUGGAAAACAAAAAAACAAAGUACUGUUUCCAGGUCGUCCACCGAAGCGGAGUAUCGAGCACUGGCUGCAACAGCUUGCGAGAUUCAAUGGAUCUCUUAG